GGACACAAUUUUGUACUUCGUAGAGCUUAACGAACUCAAAUUUUCAUUACCGUUUUAUUGAUGAACCUCUGUGUUAAGAACACACCAAAAACGUGCUGAAUUGAGAUCCCGUACAUCUGUAGACGGGAGCUGUUGAGCGUGGAACUCGUUUCGGAGCUUAGAAUAGCUUCAAAUUCAGAGUGGGUAGAGCCAUCUUACAUCAGAUUCUUUCGCCAUGCCAUCCAAACAACACGACCGCCAAUACGACAUUGUCGUUUUCGGUGCUACCGGUUACACCGGAAAGUACACUGCCCAGUACAUCACCACGCACCUCCCGACCGACCUGAAGUGGGCAGUAGCAGGCCGCUCCCAUUCCAAGCUUGAGGAUGUGGUUGCCGAGUGCAAGAAACUCAACGCCGACCGCGCGCAGCCGGGCAUUGAGGUCUGCAAUUUGACAGACUCGGACCUGAGCGCCCUCGCGAAGAAGACUUUCAUCCUCAUCACCACCGUCGGCCCCUACGGCAAGCUGGGCGAGCAUGCCUUCAGAGCCUGCGCCGAGAAUGGCACGCACUACCUCGACGUGACGGGCGAGGUCCCCUUCGUCGCCAAGAUGCUCAAAAAGUAUGAGUCCACCGCUAAACAAACCGGCGCCCUCAUGUUCCCGCAGAUCGGCAUCGAGUCGGCGCCCGCCGACCUCGUCACCUGGUCCCUGGCCUCCUUCAUCCGCUCCGAGUUCUCCUCGCCGAUCCGGGACGUGACCGUGUCGAUCCACAACUUCAAAUCCGCCGCAUCCGGCGGUACCCUCACCACAGCACUGACCAUCUUCGAAUACUUCACCCUCGCGGACCUGCGCGCCGCAUUCAAACCCUACGCGCUCUCCCCCCUCCCACGCCCAGCCAACACCACCACCACCACCACCAACCGCAGCCCCCCCAACCCCGGCCGCAGCCUCCUCACCAAACUCACCGGCCUCCUCCACCACCCAACCCUCGGGCUCCUCACGACCUCCCCCGCCGGCGGCACGGACGCGGCCAUCGUGCAACGAACCUGGGGCCUGCUCGGCACCGUCCCGUCGCGGCAAGCACAAUGGUACGGCCCCAACUUCUCGUUCCGCGAGUACCUGCGCCCGCGCGGCGGCGGCUGGCUGGCGGGCGUGGUGGUGCACUACGGCCUGAUGGCGCUGGGCCUGGUCAUGAUCACGCCGUGGCUGCGGAGGGCGGCCGCGCGCUGGCUGUAUCAGCCCGGGGAGGGGCCCGAGGCGGAGGUGGCGAGGGGGGAUGAGAUUGAGUAUAGGGGGGUGGCGGGGAGGGAUGGGGGGGAGGGGGAGAGGGCGGUUUGUAGGGCGGAGUUUGCGGGGAGUGCUUAUUAUUUGACGGGGAUUUUCCUGGCCGAGGCUGCGUCGACGCUGCUUGAGGACGACGUUGAUCUCCCGGGAGGCGUGUAUACUGCUGCCUGUCUGGGCCAGCCGUUUAUUGACCGGUUGGAUCGCGGCGGGUUUCACAUUGAAACGAAGCUUUUGGAGGAUUGAGUUGUGUUGGGGAGUUAGAGGGUUGUUUGUACGAUCUGGUCGUUAGAUUCUGAUUCAGUAAAGAAGAGUGACUUUGUACGGUUGGAUACUGUAUUGUAUGUAUAUGGUUCUAAACAGCAAAAAAAUCAGGGUAUCAUCUAGGAACAAAUGCUCUCCCCCGUCUAACUAUGCACGCUUGAAACAGAAACAGAUGCCGUCUUCCCCUUCGGCCGACUCCACCACUUAGACCACCACAUGCUCGGGGCGUCCGUCUCCCCUACCACCCUCACCUCCCCUCCCCCCUCUUGU